AUGGAGAAAGCUAGGGAAAACUCUGGAGGGAGCGCCAGGCUGGAGGAUGAACUCAGCUGUCCCAUCUGCCUGUGCCUGUACAGGAACCCAGUGUCGCUGAGCUGUGGCCACAGCUUCUGCAAGCAAUGCAUCCAGAAGACUCUGGGAGCCCAGCAACAAGCCAAGGCUCCUUACAGCUGCCCCAUGUGCAAGCUCCACUUGGGGCCCAUCCUGGAGCUGCAGAAGAAUUUCCAGCUGUGCAGCAUCGUGGAGACAUUUCUGAGCACCACUUCCAAAGGACAACAGGGCGAGGGCUCCAAAGAGGCGAAGACAGAAGAGGUUCCCUGUGACUAUUGCCUCGAUGGGUCGCAGCCGGCGGUGAAAACCUGCCUGGGGUGCAACGCAUCCUUGUGCCAGGCCCAUCUGAGCAAACACAAUGCCAAGGCUUCCCAGCAGGACCAUGUGCUGGUGGAGGUGGGCACAGGUGGAGCAGCAGAGGAGAGGAGGUGCCCAGAGCAUGGCAGACUGCUGGAGUGCUACUGCCGGGACGAGGGGCAGAACAUCUGCACCUUGUGCUUCAUCACAGGCUCCCACAAGGGCCACAACAUCAUCACCGUGAGGGAGGCACAGGAUGAGCAGCUGACCAACACAAAAACACUGACUGCUCAGCUGCAAAAGCUGUUUGAAGACUUGAAGGCAGACGUGAUUCAGAAAGAGAAGAAGAUAUUGAGUGACAUUCAAGCUCAGGAGCAGAAACAACUGGCAGACAUUAGCAAAGUCAAGAAGGAAAUUGAGCAGAGGAGAGAGGAGGCUGAGCAGAACCUUCAGGCUCUGCAGAAGAUGAGAGAGCAUACAGAUGCAUUCCUCUUCCUCAAGGAAUUCAGACUGGCCUCUAAGAGGAUUGCAAGUCAGAACUGGACAGUCGAGAGGAAGAACAUGGCAGUGAUGCAGGUGGAUCAUGCCAAGAUUGCCAGCUGCCAAUACCUGAUGCAAACCUUCCUGG